AUGACGGUCAAUUAUUACGAAGAAGAAGUCUUGCUAAACGAAGGCGGCGUUUCAACCAUGGUGGAGAUUAAAAACCAAGGCUACCCCGACUCGUUGAAGCCAAACUCUGUCGCAAAGUAUGCGAUUUACGCCGCCCCAGGUGGUCGGAUCAAGGUUAGUUUUAACUCGUUUAAUCUUCCAAAGCACGAUGGAUGUUCAAACUUAUGGCUCACGAUCUCCGAAGAUCCUAAUUUGAGUGAAAAUUCUCCUCAAGCAAAAUGGUGCGGCAACAAUAACCCUCAUUAUGCAGUUUCUCGUUCAAACAGAAUCUUUGUCUACGUCUUCGCCAAAUCCAACCUCUCCAACUCGUCCAAAAACUUCAUCCUGAAACUUGAAGAGAGCUCGGAAUCAUCAAAUCUAGACGCUCUCUUCAAAGGAAAUCAAGAGUACUACGAGAAGGAAGGGAUCGCUCAGGCUUCAGAACCGAUUUUUGUUGAUGAGAAUUUUGCCCAAAGCUACCAGCCACAAUCCGCUUCUACAAGCAUUUCAUCAUCAGCCGGAGAUUCAACCCUCUUCUCAUUUCCUGGCUUUGGACCUCCUAUUGCCCCGCGCAAUCCGACUCAAUCUCAAGUUUUUAUUCAAGAUGGGAGCCAAGUGCCUCAGCACACAUCAUCGAAUGAUGUAGCGCAAGUUGUUGUGAAUUCUGCCCGGCCGGUGUUUUCAGAUUCGAUGUUCAUCGUCCCCGAAAGGAAUUUUACUGGUGGCGAUUUUAAACUUCUACCACCGCGAACAACUGCCAAGAUGCGAAGACAAGCGCUUUUUGCAUCGCUUGGAGGACUGAUGAUUGCAAUUUUUAUGCUGAGCUUCAUCAUUUGGAGAAUCGCUAAAACAACAUGUAUGAAGAAGAAAGAAAAGGAUCAAGAUCUUCCUCGAGCCCACCGUGCUAGAAAUCGAAGAUAG